UUGACCGAAAUUAAAAACAUAACCACAGAUUAUCUGUAACCUGUAACCUAACAAACUCAUGGAAACUAUUCUAUUACUGAUAUAUUUUGAAAAUUGAAUUUGAAUGUUCAAAUAACAUUUUCCACUUUUAUUUUGAUAAAGUUGUCUGUGAGUUUUAUAGUUCCAAGUAGGAUAUACAAAACACUAUGUUGAGAACAACCAGCGUUACCCUAUCCAGAAAGUUAACUCGACUUUAUAAACAAUGUCUUUAUUCUACUAGUUCUUCAUUAACUUCAACAUAUGAUAAGUUGGAAAAAUUUCGCACAUCCGAGACGGACUGUUCAAAGCAUUCGAACGAACAUCUAGCCCAGUUUUAUGAGGUUGCACAGGAAGAUAAGAAGCGUGUAUUCACAUAUGGUGGAUUACCCAAAACAUUUGAAACUCAAAUCAAAACCUUCCAUGAAACUUGUAUUAUGAUAAGACAACCAGCAAUUGAUGUCAUUAAUUGCCUCAAAACUUUAGAUUACUCUAAACCUGCAGUAAGGUUUGUGUUAUAUGGAAAAAAAGGAUGUGGCAAAUCAUUAUCUUUGGCACAUAUCUUGCACUUCGCUUCCAAAGAGAAUUUCCUGAUUGUUCAUGUACCUUGGGUCAGCAACUGGAUGCGUAGAUGUAAAGAGUAUAGUAAUUCUGAGAAGAGAGAAGGAUAUGUUGACUUGAACCUUGAUGGUGCUGCUUGGCUUGUACAUUUCAAGUCUCAAAAUUCCCAUCUGCUAUCCACUCCAGAGGCCAAAACCUCCAAAGAAUAUGUUUGGAGUAAAAGAGAAGUCACCCCGAAAGAUUCUCCGAUAUCAGAUAUUAUUGAUCAUGGGAUCAAUAGGGUAAAAUAUGCUUCUGAAGCAGUUGUUGCUUUAUGUGCUGAAAUCAAGGAACUUACAAACCGUAGUGUUUUCAAAACAUUAGUUGCUAUCGAUGGGUUCAACGCAUUCUUUUAUCCUAAGACCAGGGUUUACACUGAGAAAAAAGAAGUUGUACAUCCACAUAAUGUAACACUCACCGAAGGAUUUUUAAAUUUGAGUAAAACUGAUUGGAAAAAUGCUGCUAUUAUUGUAACUGUCGAUGAGAUAGCAAUUGCUGCCGAAGAUCACAUAUCACAUUUGCCAAGGUAUCUGCUGGGAAAGGAAGGUUUUGAACACUUAGAUCCAUUUGUACCAAUUUCUGUGUCAGAAUACAACGAAAAAGAAUUCCUUAGCUGUAUGGAGUAUUAUAGAGACCGAAAAUGGGUUCAAGGAUACCCAGGACAAGAUGAGGAACUUCGUUUUAUUAGCACUUCAAAUCCGUAUGGAUUAAUGAAAAUGUGUGCGUCUCUUUAAAAAAUAGGUUUUAUUUGUGAAUUGUGGAAAGACUAAACAUUAUUUAACAAUGUUAGCAGUGUGACAUUCUUGGUUUUCUACAUAAUUGUGGAUAUUUUCAAAAAAUAUAAUGACUGGAGAAUUCUUUUUCUUGAAUUACAAGAAAGGAAA